AUGUCGAUGAAGAUCAAAGGAGAGCAUUCUUCUAGAAGCUUCGCAUCGCGAAAAUGGACAUUGUUACUCUGCUUAGGGAGCUUCUGCGUCGGAAUGUUCUUCACCGAUCGAAUGUGGAGUAUUCCGGAAUCUAAAGGCAUCUCUCGUCCAUCCGUAACCGAAGCUGAAAGAUUGAAGCUGAUAUCUGAAGGCUGCAAUCCAAAAUCUCUUUACCAGAAAGAAGUAAAACGAGAUCCCCAGGCUUUGUUUGGAGAAGUAUCAAACACACACAAUGCUAUACAGAAAUUGGAUAAGACGAUUUCAAGCUUAGAGAUGGAGUUAGCUGCAGCAAGGUCAGUGCAGGAGUCUUUACAAAUCGGGGCUCCUGUAUCAGAUGAUAUGGGGAAGAAGCAACCUCAGGGAAAGAGACGCUAUUUCAUGGUCAUUGGGAUUAAUACAGCUUUUAGUAGCCGCAAGAGAAGAGAUUCUGUUCGAGCUACGUGGAUGCCUCAAGGUGAAAAAAGGAAGAGACUUGAAGAAGAGAAGGGAAUUAUCAUCCGGUUUGUCAUUGGUCACAGUGCCACGGCUGGGGGUAUUCUAGAUAGAGCCAUAGAAGCUGAGGACAGGAAGCAUGGGGAUUUCCUGACACUGGACCAUGUUGAAGGGUACCUAGAGUUGUCAGGCAAGACGAAAACUUACUUUUCUACAGCGUUUUCAAUGUGGGAUGCAGAUUUCUAUGUCAAAGUAGAUGAUGAUGUUCAUGUAAAUAUAGCUACUCUUGGAGAAACUCUUGUUAGACAUCGAAAGAAACAGCGGGUCUAUAUCGGUUGCAUGAAAUCUGGUCCUGUGCUCUCUCAAAAAGGGGUGAGAUACCAUGAGCCAGAGUACUGGAAAUUUGGUGAGAAUGGGAACAAAUACUUCCGUCAUGCUACUGGACAGUUAUACGCCAUUUCAAGAGACUUGGCUUCUUAUAUUUCAAUCAAUCAGCAUGUUCUUCACAAGUAUGCGAACGAAGAUGUUUCCUUAGGAGCUUGGUUUAUUGGGAUUGAUGUUAAACACAUUGAUGAUAGAAGAUUAUGCUGCGGCACUCCUCCUGAUUGCGAGUGGAAAGCGCAAGCUGGGAACAUAUGUGUAGCAUCAUUCGACUGGACCUGUAGUGGAAUCUGCAGAUCAGCAGAUCGCAUCAAAGAGGUUCAUCGACGCUGUGGUGAAGGCGAAAACGCUCUUUGGAGUGCCACGUUUUGA